AUGUUGUGGAAUGGAAUGAGCUCGGGUGCGCUGUUUGGUUGUUGGUCUGUUCGCCGAGCUUGGCAGUUGGAUUGCAAACGUUUCAUCACCAAUCGAGGUAGCUCGGGUGCGCUGUUUGGUUGUUGGUCUGUUCACCGAGCUUGGCAGUUGGAUUGCAAACGUUUCAUCACCAAUCAAGGUUACAUCGUCAGUGCAGGGUUGAGUGUCACCUCGAUUGGUGAUGAAACGUUUGCAAUCCAACUGGCAAACUCGGCGAACAGACCAACAACCAAACACUUUCAACUGUGGAGGUGUAAUGCCCGACAAUGUCGGUACGAAAUCGGUCUUCGAAAGGGAACUUGGCUGGACCGGUCUAGGAUGGAGUUGAGGAUAGUAAUUCUAUUCAUUUAUUGCUGGUCCAAAAGUUUGGGAAAAAUCAAAUUCUGCUCAAAAAAAUUAUCUACCAGCCACACGACCCCUGUUGACUGGAAGAAAUUUCUUCGCGACGUUUGCGUCUGGCAGCUUUUGCAGACUCCAACAGUUAUCGGCGGCCCAGGUCUGCACGUCGAGAUCGAUGAAACGCUAAUAUCUCGCCGUAAAAACCACGCAGGACGAGUCCCUUUCCAGCAGUCGAACUGCGGCCACUUUGAUGGACACAAUCCAGGCCUGCAUCGCUCCCGGCUCAAUCAUCAUCUCCGAUUUGUGGGCAUCAUAAAGGGAGCUGAAACGAUGAUUGAAAUGAACUAUACUCAUGAAACGGUUAAUGAUACCGUUGUGGACCCAACGACUGGAGCUCACACACAAACCAUCGAAUCUCUUUGGGUGGCGGGGGUUAAUUUUUUGGCUGGGCUCAUCUGGAAGAGAGCCGAUGGACUGAAAGGUCUACGUUGA